UUAAAACCGCAGACACAUCAUGACACGACAGUUCUGGAUAGUGGUAACCUUGUUAGCUAUUGCAACUCUGUGCAAUGGUUAUAAACUUUUAGUGGUGUUUCCCAUGCCAUCAAAAAGUCAUUUCAACUUGGGAAGUGCUUUGGCACGAGGACUGGCUAAUGCAGGACACGACGUAACCCUCCUCAGUCCUUACGAUGACAAUUAUGUACCUACUAAUGGAACAUACAGGCCGAUAGUGUUAAAUGAAAUUUAUGAAAAUUACACUAAAUAUGACAUGGACAUGUUUACGUCCACAGAAUCAACAUUAAAAUUCUUUAAAACAGGCAGGGAAGUGAUGGAUCUAAUAACGAGAGGGACUUUAGGGUCAGACAAAGUUAAGAAACUGUUGCACGAUGGAGAGACUUUUGAUGCCGUUAUUUUAGAAGAGUUUAGGAUAGACUCUUUAAAAGUGUUGAGACAUCUUUUUAAGGCACACCUAAUAGUUUACAGUAGCAUUGGAUCAAAUUCCAUGGUCAAUGAUCUCAUUGGAAAUCCAGCUCCCUUGUCGUUUAUACCAGAAAUGAAUACAGAUUUACCUGCAAAAAUGUCGUUCUUCCAAAGACUUAAAAAUCUUUGUUUACACGUAUUUUAUAAAGCUUUAAUGAAAAUUUUGAUACCUAAUCAAGGAGAACUUCUUAAAGAGUAUUAUCCGAGUUCUCCCAAUAUUGAAGAUUUGAAGAAAAACGUCUCGUUAGCGUUAAUGAAUUCCCAUGUUAGUAAUUUUCAACCAACUCCAACAGUUCCCAAGAUGGUAGCCAUAGGUGGUUAUCACGUUCAACCUCCAAAAGGUCUUCCUAAAGAUUUGAAAGAUUUUUUGGAUAGUUCGAAGCAUGGAGUCAUAUACUUUAGUAUGGGUUCCAUUUUAAAAAGCAAAAAUAUGCCAAGAGAAAAAGUCGAUAUUCUACUCGGAGCAUUCAAGCAGCUCAAACAGAAGGUGCUUUGGAAAUGGGAAGAAGAUAACUUACCAGGAAUACCAGAUAAUGUUAGAACAAUGAAAUGGGUACCACAAUCAGACGUAUUAGCCCACCCCAAUGUAAAACUGUUCAUAACACAUGGAGGUCUUCUCAGCACUACAGAAACGAUUUAUUUUGGAAAACCUGUGUUGUGUAUACCAAUUUUUGGAGAUCAACCUGUAAAUGCUCAGAAUAUGGUACACCUGGGAUUUGCACUUAGACAUGAUUACAAACAUCUGACAAAUACAGAAGAAUUUUUGGCAAAAAUAAAAGAAAUGCUGAACAAUCCUAAGUAUUAUGAAAUUGCACAGACCAGAUCUAAAAUAAUGCAUGACAGAAAAGUUAAGCCUAUUGAUGAAGCUGUAUUUUGGGUUGAAUAUGUGAUACGUCACAAUGGUGCUCAACAUCUUCGUGUGGCUGGUGAAGACUUAACAUGGUACCAAUAUCAUCUUAUUGAUGUUGUGGCCUUUUUAUUCGUCAUUGUAGCCUUAUUAUUAACAAUAUUGUUUGUACUUUUACGAUGUAUUACCAGAAAAGUGUUUGGAUUUAUAUGUAAAAGUAAAUGUGAAAAGAAAAAGAAGGUCAAGAAAAAUUAGUAUGUAUGUAUCUAUUUAAUUUUAUUAUUUAUCAUAUAUAGAUUUUAUUAAAGAAGGUUCUUU